AUGCACCAAGAAACUCUGCAUUAUUAUAAGUUAUGGAAACUUGCUGUCCAAGAAAGAGACGAAGCAAGAGAACAUCUGAUGCAUUCACUAGCCGAAGUCUCUCAAUUACAGCAACUCUUCAACACCAUACUUUGGUAUGACGAACAAAUACAAUGUCAUCAGCCAGAAGUUACUGAUGAAACUACUCAAAACUGUAAUUACAUUCACUUUCCCGGAGAUUCUCCGUCGCGGUUCUCCUCUGCAUCACCGUUGGAUCACGUCUCGAGUGUUAAUUCAUCGCCGUUGGAUCUCACCUUCCGGCCGAGUCAGAUGCAGCAAGUUGUUGAUGAGAAGCCGAGAGAUUACGAGACCGUUGUGUUGGAGAUGAUCGGUGGAGUUUUACCGGAAAACGGUAAGUUUUUGCAGGCGGUUAGUGAGGCUGGGUCGUUGGUUGAGUCGUCGUUGUUCAUAACCGGUCCGGUUCCGAAAUGGAAAAAUCCUCCGGUUCAAUUGUCGAGUCAAAGACCGGUUAUAAGUAAUACGGGAAAUUGGAAUCAUGGUGGGGUCCAAAACCGGUCUUUCUUAAGCAAAAUCUCACACUUCGGUUUGAUGUCUUAA